UAUCUCUUCCCAACUACUGGAAUUUUUUCUACAAGUCAUUCAUUCUGCAGUGCAUCUUCCUGUGGUGAGCAUGCGCAGUGUAAUCAUGAUGGCAGCUGUGUGUGUGACUCUGGACUGUUAAUACCUGAUGGAUUCCUGCCCAAAGGAGACUCUUAUGGCUGUACAAAUGCCCCUCCAUCUGUUACAACUGAUACAACCUCUGCCAUCUUGAUGACCACAGCCAUCAAUUAUACUAUUUCAGUUCCAGAUAUCACAGUGUCUGAGGAUUGCCAGUACUGGACUAACACUAAGAACCUCUCUCACCGACAAACACGGGAUAAUAUCAUAGCAGAGUGUUAUAAGAAUCUGUCAAGCCAGAUUGAUGACUUCAGUACUAAAGAGUUAACAAGGAAUGUCGUGGAGAAAGUUUUGGAAAGGUUCAUUCCUACUGCUCAUCAACAACUUAGCAUUGGAAGCAGUAAUCAGGAUGAACUAGUCUCCUCUCUGAACACCAUGCUGAAUACCACAGAGAAACUGGUGUCUGCACUGGUGAAGAUCACAGAGACCAGCUAUGCUAUCAACAUCUCCCUCCCAGAUAUAGAGAUACACGUACUUGCAGUUGGACCAAAUAGUUUCUUGGGAAAAACAUCUGUGAUCAACACAGCAGAUGCUCAAAUGGAAAUUGAUCUCAUUGGGAUAUCUAAAAGUGAAAUGAAUAAAGGACAUGCUGCUGUGUCCUUUGUGAGCUACACAAACAUACCCAGUAUGCUGAACAGAAGCUUCAACAGUGAAACCAACAUGGAACAAACGUUAAUGUCCACUUUGGUGUCAGCCACACUGCCCAAAACCACUAACAAAACACUCAACAAACCAGUGAACUUCACCCUGAAACACACUCCGAUAUUAAACCCUGAUCAUAUUCCUUCCUGUGUUUACUGGAAGGAAACUGAAUGGGUUGUAGAUGGCUGUACACUUAUCAAGACCAACAGCAGUCACAGUGUUUGCUCCUGUGAUCACCUCUCAACCUUCGCCCUCAUCAUGCAGAUCAACCCAACUCAGAGUGAUCAACUCAUAGUGCUGCUAAAUACGACAUUUGUAGCAGUAGGGCUGGUGUUCCUGAGCUUGGCUCUGUUGACCUUUGCCAUUUUCCGUGGGAACCCGAGAGUGACAAACCCUGCUCUGAUCAACCUGUGUAUAAGCCUACUGCUGGCUCACCUCCUCUUCCUGCUCACACAACACUUCCUGCAGUACAUACAACCCAAACAGCUGGUGUGUGCACUGUUGGCAGGUGUUCUGCACUUCCUCUUUCUCUCUGCGUUUGUGUGGAUGUUCAUUGAGGCUGUGCUUCUCUUUAUCACUGUAAAGAGCCUAUCAAAGAUCAGAUCAAAGCAGAAGGAGGCACUUAUAAUGAGGUGUUUGAUUGUGAUUGGAUAUGGGAGUUCUUUGAUUGUGGUGGGCAUGUCUGCAGCACUGGGGCCUAAUGGAUAUGGAAGUGACAAAUGCUGGCUUAAGGAGGACAGGGGUUUCAUCUGGAGUUUCCUGGGUCCAGUUUAUUUCAUUCUUGCAUGCAACACGAUCCUGUUCAGCUUAAUCAUCUUCAGUAUCAGGGCCGCUCUGACACGCCUGAACAGUGACGUUUCCCAGAUUAAACAGAUGAGGACCAUUGCAUUUAAAACCAUAGCCCAGUGUAUCAUCCUGGGAUGUCCCUGGAUCCUGGGGCCAUUCACAAGCAGCAGUAAGGUGGUGGAGAUCCUCUUCCUGGUCCUCAACUCCCAGCAGGGCACCUUCAUCUUCCUGGUCCACUGUGUCCUCAACCAAGAGGUCAGACAACAGUACAAGAAGUUGAUUGGUGUUUUGUUUAUCCCCAGUGAAAGCACCAUAACAGAAGUCCAGAUGACAUGAUUACAUAAUUUGUCUGUGGGUCUUACAAAUUCUGUCAGCAUUUUAUUACAUUUUAUUAUGUGACUGAGAACAAAUUCUCAUUUAGUCUCCAUACACUCAAAUUCUCAUUUACUCUCCAUACAAUCAAGCUGUUACAUGAAGCAUUGAACAGGGAACCUGUGAAACAAUAUACAGCUUUUGGACAUUUUCAAAUAUUGAAAAUAAAAUGUUUCACAUUAGAAGCAAAAAGUUAAAUAAUAGUUUAAAUAACCUAGAUGCUUUUACCCAGAGGACCAAUGUAAUGUGAUUCCCCACUCUGCUAUAGGUCUAAUAUUUCUAAAGUCUGCAAUGUUCUCUUAUUCUUAUAGAAACUUCUUCCACUAGUGUGUCGAGGUGAUGGGAUUAGUGCAGCACUCUCUUCUCUGUCUUAUCCCAAAAGGUCUAUUAGCAGUGUACAGCAGGAAGCUAGCAGAAUCCUCUCACACUCCCACCAGGAUGAGAGUGAUCGCAAUCUUUUUUUUUAAGUGUGUGUGAAAAGUAAUUUUAUUGUCUUUGUACAAAAUAUACAUGGUCCCUCCCUGGUAUUGUGGUGGAUCUGGAUAUUUUACAGUUUUGAUAGUAUACAAUAGAUUAUGUGAAUAAAGUAAAGCUAUACAAGCACAAAAUAAAUAAACGUAAAUAAAUGUAAUUGACACACAACUAAGGUAAGGAGGUAUCAUCUGUCCAUCAGUAAAGCUUCAAAAAGAGUUUUGUAAAGAUUUUACAGUGAUCAUGAUCUUCAAAAUCUGUUUGUUAUCUUUUGUUUAAUUGUCUUCAUGAUCUUGUAUGUAUAUACAAAAUAUAUAAUGAGCACUUUCUAGCAAACUUGCCUCUUGCUCCCUCUGUGCUGCCAGCAUCACACUUUACUUAAAGUAGUGAAACAU